AUGACGUCUGCACUCGAAUUUAGCGUUGAUUUGUAUGCAGUUUUUGACGCAAACAAUAAGUGCUCCGACGACGAACUUAAACGUAUCUACCAAAAACUGAUCUUAAAGUAUCACCCGGAUAAAAUUGACAGAGACUUGCCGAAACAUGAAAAAGACAAAUAUUUGGAUAGAUUCAUUGAAAUUGAUAAAGCCUGGAAAAUUUUGGGUCAUGCCGAGAAGCGGAAAGAAUACGAUGCUAAAUGUCAAGAGAAUGCAGUGAGCAGAAAAUGGCCAAUGAAUUCAGAAAUAGAUCUGGAUGAGAUGGACUACAAUGAAGGCGAAGUUAAAAAUAUGUCGCUACUCAGGAGAGCUUGCCCACAACGCUAA